CUGUAUAGAGGUAGUCUUCAAGAACACAGUUUUCCAAGCUGCGCAUUUGCUUGGACCAUAACAGGAGUUCCAUAUUAUGUAUACAUAUUGAUCGAUAUCGUCAUUUUUUCGGUGUACGAGAUUCACUUGAUUCUGGAACGUGCAAUGGAAGCAAUGAAAAACUCGCCAGUAUUAUUGGAAUUACGAUGUCCUGUGAACAUAUGCGGCGAUAUUCAUGGACAGUAUGGUGACUUAAUGAGAAUUUUUAAUGCCUGCGGUCUGCCAUUCAAGCAUCGAUAUCUUUUCCUUGGAGACUAUGUGGACCGUGGGCGGCAUUCUUUAGAAGUUAUUUUAUUGCUUCUUUCACUUCGCAUUCAAUUUCCUCGCAAAGUCUACUUAUUGCGAGGGAACCAUGAGCUCUCCAAUAUUAACAGAGUGUACGGUUUCAAUGCGGAAAUUCGUCAACGCUAUCGCAAUGUGCUAGAAUCGAAAGCACUCUACGAUCAUUUCAAUGAGGUAUUCGCUCAGAUGCCAUUGGCAGCAUUGGUUUCUGGGCGAAUCCUAUGCAUGCAUGGUGGUUUAUCACCAAAUCUCAACAGUCUUGAUGACAUUCGUAAAUUACAACGUCCGCUUAGAAUUGUACGCGGUUUAGCACAAGAUCUUCUAUGGGCAGAUCCAGAAACGGGUACGAAAGGAUUCCAGCAAAAUAAAAUACGGGCCGUAUCUCAUAUUUUUGGUGAGGACAUGGUACGUGAUAAAUGCAAACAGCUGAAUAUUGACCUGAUAAUUCGAGCACAUCAGGUGGUCGAGUUUGGUUAUGCGUUCUUCUGUGGACGUUCCUUGAUCACUGUCUUUUCGGCCGCUCGAUACCACGAAGAGCUCGUCAAUUAUGCAGCUGUCGUUAAGAUGACCUUCUCGGAGUUCCACAGCGUCUUCUUUAAUGCGAAGGUGAUCUGUGGAAAAUUCGGUAAUGGAGCUUAG